AUGGGGUCCGACUGUCAGACCUGCUGCAGUAAAGAGGUUUGGUCUGGUGCUCAGCUGCAGUACCACGUUAGUCCACAGGGGGCGCCAGAACCAACACAAACCCCUCGUCCCCACGUGACGCGACCCCCGCGGUGCGUUCACGGACCGGACACGCUGGAGGACUUCCCGCGGUGCGUUCACGGACCGGACACGCUGGAGGACUUCCCGGAACUCCUGUUGAUUUACAGCCGCGACGGAGCCGGUGACGCGGCGCCGUCCGACGGUGCUCCCGGUGCGGCGGAGCUAACCGGAGAGCGGCGUCCUUCAUCUCCACCGGCUGUCAGUCAAUCCAGUGAUGCUUCAGAGCCCAUGUGCUACGACUGGGGGGAGUCCAGUGAAGGGGGGGUCUCGGCUGGAGGGGAGGCCGGCUGGCUCUACUGUCCUCUCUUCUCGCACCCCUCCGUCUAUAACUACACCUCCACCCAGAGCGCCAGACACAACCUCUUCUGGUACCGCCUCCCCGAGGGUCACGACCUGGAGCAGCCCAUCUCCUACAGCUGGCGGAUCAGCAAAGACAAAGAGUCGCUGUGGCUGCAGCCGGCCCUCGCCAACGACACGGGGCAGUACAUCUGUAUGCUGAGCAACAAGUCGUCCUGCAGUAAGAUCGCCUUGCGUCUGAAGGUGAUGCGCCCUGACGAGGUCGUCCGCGGCAACAACUGCAACCUCCCGGUUGCCAAGGUGGCCAGUCAGGCGAUCAUCCCCUUUCAGAUGGGGGGCGUCCUGCACUGUCCAGACCUGCAGGAGGCACGCAAGAUGGCCGACGGAGAGACGAGAGUCACCUGGUCCCAUAAGUGUGAGCAGUUCCCGUUCUUGAUUAACGACCGUGAGCAGAAAGGAUCCAGCAUUCAGAUCCACGUCAUGUUGGAACAUUUUCAGGGUUUAUACAUCUGUACGGUCCACUACGAGAGGACGGGCCGAGCACUCAACUUCACCAGGGGCGUCAACGUCAGCGGCGUCCACACGGAGGUCCGUCUGAGGUGCAAAGCUCUGUUCCCCUACCUGGACUCCCCCUGGCAGAUGUGGUGGACGGUUGAUGGGAAGACGCUGGACAAACUCAGCGACCAGCAUCGCUUCUCCAAAAACAACAGAAUGGUGACUUACUACUACGGGGACCGGACCGAGGAGAGCGAGCUGGUGAUCCAGGACUUCCAGUCUGAAGACCUGGACCGGGAGUACAACUGCUCCGUGAGGAACAGUGUGGGCUUUGAGACCAGCAGAGCUCAGCUGAAGGAGGAGGUGUUGCUGCCGUCGGUGGAGCUGGGUUGUGGUCUCGGGGUGACUCUGGUCCUCAUGCUGCUCCUCUUCGUGGUCUAUCACGUCUUCUGGUUGGAGCUGCUGCUGCUCUACCGCUCCUGGUUCGGCACCGACGAGCGCCACACAGAUGAUAAGGAGUACGACGUGUACAUCUCGUAUGCGAGGAACAGCGAGGAGGAGCAGUUCGUUCUGUCGACGCUGCGCAGCGUUCUGGAGAACGAGCUCGGAUACUCCGUCUGUAUCUUUGACCGGGACAGUCUGCCGGGUGGUACCAUCACAGAUGAGACUCUGAGCUUCGUGGCUCGUAGUCGGCGCCUCCUGGUGGUGGUGAGCCCCGGCUACGCCUCCCAGGGCUCCCAGGCCCUGCUGGAGCUGCAGGCCGGCCUCGACGGCAUGGCGCUGGGCGGACACCUGCGGGUGAUCCUGGUCCAGUACAAGCCGGUCCGGCGGAAGGGCUGGGUCAGGGAGCUGAGGAGGGCCCGCGUGGCCCUGGCGCUGGUCCGAUGGCAGGGGGACAAGUCCAAGGAGCUGACGUCCCGGUUCUGGAAGAGGCUUCGGGUGGAGUUACCCGUGAGGAGGCUCAGCAGCAGGGAGGAGGAGAAGGAGGUGGGCCUGAUGAGGAUGCUCAGCCAGAACAGCACCAACUCCCAAACGGGCCUCAUCAGCAACACAACCAAAGACCCACAGAGGGUGUUCACCUCUGCAGCGUAGCCAUGCCGACCAUCUGUCCGUCAUCACUGUUUGUCUCCAUAAAGAGGAAAUGCCUUCACGGUGACUGAGACCUUAUAGAGUCGGUUCAGGUUCUGUUUCUAACCAGAGCCAGUAGGACCAGAACCAACACAGCGCCUUAAUCAUUAUCAGCUUUUAUUGUACUCAUCAACAGUAAAGAAUUAAUUACAUUUUAGUUUUUCAUAAACUCAUCUUCAGUAUUAGUGAACUUAUCGUUAUCGUCAUCAUAACCAUGAAUCACUUCAUCUGCACACUAUCCAUUGAUUACCGCAGUGUAUUUUAUAUAUAACUAUAGUGUCUGUCAUUACAGAGCAUUGUGUUCUUCAGUUUAAUCCAAAUCUGGGCAAAAGAAACCCACCACAGCAGCUGAUUGGCUGAAAAUAUAAACAUCUUUUCAUGCAAAGACACAUCAAUGAGGUGAAAUCUAAAUAACUGAAGUAAGACAAACAUCUUACGACACCUCCUCUGGACAUCCUAACAGUAGCAUGUUAGCAUAAAUGAUCAGUAUUUGUUUUAUUUUUAAGAAACAACAGCUUAGACUUAAAGGAUUUUUGUCAUCUGUUUUGUGAUUAUUAUCAGCUACAACAGAAAUGUUGCUACACUUUUUUCUACCAAGUUUCAUAAAAAUCCAUCCAGUAGAUUUUCUUUAAUCCUGCUGACAAACAGACAAACAGAACUGAAAUCAUGAUCUGAAGGAUGGAGGUAAACGUGUUUGAAAACAGGACAUUUCAGAAGAACAGUCAAAGGGUUCAUCCUCAGAGGAUGAUGAGUAUGAAAACAUAAUAUCAUUUCAAGUGUUUAGCGUCUCUAAAGGGAAGUCUGGUUCUUUCUCACUCACUUAAAUACAGUCCGACUUUUCUCUAGUGGCUCUUAUAUAAACUGCAUUUUAUUACACUUCAACACUCAGCUGAGUCGGUUCCUUUACUUUUGUUAUAAUGUUUUACUUCAGGAUAUUCUGGGGCCUUCAUUUUAAAAACAAGCAAACACACACAUAAAGUCUGGUGUCAUCUGCAUAGAGGGAGAUUUACAAUAAUAUGCAGAAUCCCUUCAAAGCACCGCAGCUAUGAAAUGUUACAGGAGGGAUCCAUGUGGUGCAAUGUUUCAAAUAUUACUCUGAGUAAAAUGUACUAAUCUUUACUUUAAAAUGUUGCUCUGCACUUUCUGUAUACUUGUUUUAUUCUUUGUCACUGAUCCAAUUUUAUGUACAAAAAAUCUAAUUAUAUUUUUCUUUAAAAAAAGUGAACUUUGCUAUUCAUCUUUAAACAUUUUUGAAAAAGAACGCUAUGUUAUUGGGAGAAUGCAUCUGCACUUUGUCAUGCUCUAAAUACAGGUAGUUUAGCAGUUUUUCAUCUAUUUUAAUAAAAUA